AUGUUGCGUCGUGUCGGCCGCAACAUUAGACGGCGAAGCUCACUGUUUGCCGGCUUUUACAACUACACCGUCUUCGUGCAAACCGGGAAUCAUCCCCGGGCCGGAACAGAUUCCAAGGUGUUUAUUGUCCUCCACGGUCAAGAUGGACAAAAAUCGCCGGAAACCAAGCUCUCCGUUCUGUUCAGGGACGAUUUCGACCGCGGGAACCUCGAUAAAUUUAAAAUAAAAUACCAACCGUUCGCGGUUCUUGCGUACAUCGAGCUAUGGCUGGGCGGAUCAGGUUUCAAGAAAGAGUGGUUUGUUGAAUCCAUCAUGGUAGUCAACAGGGAGACCAAGGUAACGACGGUGUUCCCGAUAUUUCGGUGGCUUCGCCCGAACUACCGCUUCACUUUUUAUCCGUUGGAUACAAGCCUGCCGCAAUUGGACCCCGUCCCCAGCGACCAGAGACGAACAGAACUCGAGGAAAAACGCGCGAGUUACCAGCUCUUUAUCCGAGCACCGGGCCUGCCGCGGCAGCUUAAAUCACCACUUCCGCUUGAAGAGCAGCCUCCACCAGAAAACCCGUGGGACUUAGCUAAGAUCCGCGUGAAGAUCAGUGUCACGACCACCCUUGCACGUCUGACGAUGAGUAGCUGGAAAAGUAUUGAUGACGUCAAGAAUGUCUUUACGAAGACGUUGCCACCGCCGUCUGUCAUUGACCGCUGGAACGACGACAGACAAUUCGGCCUACAGAGGCUGGCGGGGGUGAACAACUCAUGGGUUCAAGUCUGCCGAAGCGUCCCCGAGAAUUUCGGCGUCACCGAAGAUAUGGUAAAUCCCUUUCUAGAGGGCCUGUCUCUUACGCGCGCCUUGAGCGAUCGCCGAAUUUUCCUUGUCAACCACGCUAUACUCCAGAACGUCCCGACCAAAGAGGAUUGUCACCUUUGCGCACCGAUGGCUCUGUUCUUCGAGGACAACACCGGCUCUUUGAAGCCAAUAGCGAUUCAGUUAUUCCAAGACGCUGCAGACGACAAUCCGGUGUUCUUGCCGUCUGAUCCGGAGUAUACCUGGGCCCUGGCGAAAAUGUGGUUCAAUAACGCCGACUCUUGCAUGCAUCUCACCAUAGCACAUUUUGGGUUCGCGCAUGCGCUGAUGGAGGGAAUCGCGGUGACGACGAACAGGAAUCUUUCCCAAUCGCAUCCCAUGUUUAAGCUCCUGGCUCCGCACUUCUACCACUCGAUGGCAGUCAACCAGCGUCUGUACGAUAAACUCAUCUCCCCUGAGGCGGGCUGGCUCGAAAACAUCAUGGGCAUUGGCACAAACGGUUUUGAAGAAAUAAUCCGAAGGUAUAACGCUAUCUGGAGGCUCGACCUCAACGGUCUUCUUCCGGCCGACCUUCGAACACGCGGCGUUUUUGAGACUGACAUUCUAAAACAAUACUACUUCCGGGAGGACGCAAUGGCUCUUUGGGAAGUAAUUGAAUUGUUCGUAUCAAAAUACGUAAAACUCUAUUACGACGUUGAUGAUAAGAUAAUAGAAGAUUCAGAGCUACAAAACUGGCGACAGGAAAUGACGACAGAAGCUGACCACGGAGGCUUGGGAAUAUAUGGAGUACCUGGAGAAAUGGGCAAGUUCACAUCGCGCGCCCAAGUGACUUCCGUAUGUGCAUUUAUAAUCUUCACGUGCAGCGUUGCCCACGCAGCUGUCUGCUUCAAGCAAUACGACGAGUACGCCUUCCCGCCAAAUUACCCGGCGAUGCUCCUUGGAGAGCCGCCAAGGGACAAAACGCCGCGUCAGGAGCAGGAUAUCCUGAACGCACUUCCGGGAAGGUCAAACAUGGUGGAUGCUUUAACAAUUCUGAAAUUGCUGAGUGAACGACACACGAAGCCGAUGGGAGAGUAUGAAAUGAACCUCGUUUAUGACCCGGAAGGGAUCCGGCUUUUGGAAGAUUUCAAGCAAAACCUCAGAGCGCUGAGUGCGACCUUGAAAAUUAAAAAUAGAAUAAGGGUUCCCCCGUAUCCAUUUCUGGACCCUUGUGAAAUUCCUAACAGUAUGAUUCCGUGAACUGAGCAAAAUUUCAAAUUAGGGAUCAAAUCAAAGUACAUGUACACAUACUUAUAUGUAUUUCAAAAUGUAUUGCAUAUA